GGCAGAACCAAGACAUGUCAAGUUGUCAACAACACUCGUUGAGAAAGCAAGAAAAACAGUACCUGCAUUUACUAUAUCAUAUAUAUUUUUCAAGCUCAUCACGUUAACUAACAUAAACAGCACCCCCAACCCUUGCCCUUUUUUUUUUUUUUAAUCUUUCAAUUUAAAGGGCUCUUUAAUUUCUCUUGAUUUCAUAUAAUUUUAAAACCCACCCACCAUGGCUUCUUCUCGAGAGCCUUGGUUAAUGUUGAGGUUUUUGCUGGUUUUAGUUUUCGCUGUGUAUAAAACGACAGCGUUUGGAGAGGUCAUGAGGGCACCCCAGAUAGAGCAGCAGCAGCAAGAGGGGCAACGCCAGCGGCACAAAAACGCAUAUGCGACGAUGAUGUAUAUGGGGACGCCAAGAGACUAUGAUUUCUACGUGGCUAUACGUGUCAUGCUCAGAUCUCUUGCUAGAUUACACGUGGAUGCUGAUCUCGUCGUCAUUGCCUCUCACGAUGUUCCUCUCCGUUGGGUUCAUACCAUGGAACAGGAAGAUGGCGCAAGGGUAAUGAGAGUGGAAAAUGUGGACAAUCCUUAUAAGAACCAACCCAAUUUCAAUAGGAGAUUUAAGUUAACAUUGAACAAACUCUACGUAUGGAAAUUGAUUGAAUAUGAGAGGGUCGUCAUGCUUGAUGCUGACAAUCUUUUCCUUAGAAGAGCUGAUGAGCUUUUCCAAUGUGGACAGUUCUGUGCAGUCUUCAUCAACCCCUGCAUCUUCCAUACUGGCCUCUUUGUGCUGCAGCCAUCCAUGGAAGUGUUUAAGGACAUGCUUCAUCAGUUGGAAAUUGGGAAAGAAAACCCAGAUGGUGCAGACCAAGGUUUCAUAAGCGGCUACUUCCCAGACUUGCUUGAUAUGCCGAUGUUCCAUCCACCUCUAAAUGGCACCACAGUCAACGGGUCCUAUAGACUUCCUUUGGGCUACCAAAUGGAUGCCACUUAUUAUUAUCUUAGACUCCGCUGGAACGUACCCUGUGGGCCUAACAGCGUGAUUACUUUCCCUGGUGCAUCAUGGUUGAAACCAUGGUAUUGGUGGUCAUGGCCUGUCUUGCCAUUGGGCAUUCAAUGGCAUGAACAACGUCGCCAAAGUCUCGGAUACGGGACAGAAACGCCCAUGGCACUCAUUCAGUGCAUAGUUUACCUAGGUAUAAUAGCAGUAACGCGUCUAGCACGGCCAAAUAUCUCCAAGAUUUGCUAUCGGCGAACAGAAAAGAACAUCUCCGUAAUACAAGCCGGUCUUAAAAUGCUAGCAAUAUGGUCAAUUCUUGCAGCCUAUUUACUCCCCUGCAUCAUCAUUCCUUGCACAAUUCAUCCAUUAUUAGGCUGGGGAUUGUACUUGCUCGGUUCUUUUGCACUUUGCUCCAUGGCUAUCAAUGCGUUUAUGCUGCCGAUGUUACCAGUUUUGACUCCAUGCCUAGGGAUAUUCGGGGUCCUCUUGGUCAUGGCAUUUCCUCUCUACCCGAAUGGUAUUAUAAGAUGUUUAUCUAUUUUCGGUUACGCAUUUUGUGCUGCACCUUUUCUCUGGGUAUCACUGGUUAAGAUCAUGGCAAGCCUUCAAGCAUCACUUGAAAGGGAAAACUUCUUCCCUAGAUUGGGUGAAUCUUCGCCACCUUCUGGAUUCAACAAGUUAUAUUAGUGGAUUAACGGCUACAAUCGUUGUGUUUUUUUGUCUUGGGGACUAGGAGGGAUCAUCUGAUUCUCGACUGAUUUGAAGGUGGUUUGUCUACGUGCGAAGAAAGGAUAAAUGGGGAGGUUUGAUUUUGCUUAAAGCUUCCUUGGCUCGUGCACUAUUUCAUUAUAAUAUUUGCCCCAGUUCUGACCGGGAGACCCCGGAUUAAUGUUGGAUGAAAAAAUGGCAGCUUUAAACGUAUAAAGAUUGUUUGAUUUGGGUUCAUAGCUUGGUCACGAGAAUCAUGGAAGUUGUAUUUCUAGUGCAUUUCAUUAAUUUAUACUCCAUUUUUGUACAGAUGCUUCUUAUUCUCAAUUAAGAUCCCAUACCUUUUUCCCA